AUGCAUACCAAGUGGACGCACUAUGUAUUAUCCAAGAUGACCAGGAAGACAAACUCCGGGAGAUUGGGUCCAUGGCAAAAGUUUACAGCAUGGCCUAUGUUACAAUUCUUGCUUCAAGCGCAGCCGAUGCAGCCGAUGGAUUUCUUCAACGACGCCCACCUGACGAAACGCCAAGCAUCCAAAUACCAUUUCGAAUAUCGCCGAAUCGGUUUGGAAGUGCUACUGCUAGAAUCAGUGGUUACCCUGUGGCCUCCGAGAGACGAGACAACCCACUGGGUCGGCGAGCAUGGGCUCUACAAGAACAAAUGA